AUGGUAGAAGAGCCAGAGAGCAAUGAACUAUUUGCGGAUAUUGGCAAGGCAGCAGAACAGAAGGCAGUGGAGGACUUAGUUGAGAAUAUCAUAACCCGAUUCGGCAUACCAAAGGCUCUGAUAUCUGACAACGGCACUCAGUUCGACGGCAAGAUCUUCAGAGGCUUCUGCGAAGAAUACAAGAUAGAAUUCUACAACUCUACAGCAGCAUACCCUCAAGCAAACGGCCAGGCAGAAGUAUCAAACAAAGUUGUCUUGGAUGGUUUGAAGAAAAGGUUGGAAAGAGGAAUAGGCAAGUGGGUUGAGGAGCUUCCUCAUGUUCUAAGGGCUUACCGCACCACACCUUGA